GGUCGUCGGUCCGUCCGACCAUCGGCCUCGCAGCCAGCUCGUGUCACCGCACAGAGCCACCACCAUGGACACGCCUCGCUUCAUCGAAGCGUUCAAGGCCCUGCCAACCCAUGACUCGAGGCACCAAGCUCUAGAAGCUCUCGUCCGCGAGCUAACGCCCUACGAAUGGCGAGCGCUGCAGACCAUCACCAGUGCUCGCUUGUUCCAAUUCGACAUCAUCGGACAGCUGCCCAUUGAGUUGGUGGCCCAUAUCUUCUCCUACUUGGAUACCACUACGCCAUGCCGCCUGCAACGAGUUUCCACGCGAUGGGCUCAGCGUUUACGGAGUCCUGAUGUGCUCAAACAGAGCCUCAAUCAGUGGUUUACUGGCACCAUUACUCUGCAAAGCGCCGAUUAUGCCUUGUGCACCCAAAAGGCGCGGCUGGUACACAAUCAUCGUCACGGCAAACCCACCUCUCUCUUCGACAUUCGCCUAGAAGAACCCAUUGCUCAUCCAUCUCUGGCCGGUGACACACUUAUAUGGCUCACUCCAGAGCAGACUUCGCGCUCAAUCGCCCUACUCGACCUCGGCACAUGGAACCUUCGCAUUAUGAGUGGAGAAGCGCGUGAAGAGCUUCGCAAUUACGUAGCCUCGGACCAGCUCGUAGCCGUGACGACAUUUUCCCACGUCUGCUAUGUUUGGCCACUGCAUGGUCAAGGGAGAAAGGCCUUUAGAGUCCCGAGCCAUGAUUAUUUCGGGGCCUUGGCCUGUCGAGGGCGCACUGUAGCCUGCGCUGCAUCUUUCCAUGAUCAUAUCGCCGUGUGUAUCUGGGACUACGACACGCAGCGCGCGAGGUCCUUUCAAAUCACCCCUGAUCCAUCUCACCUAUUCUUUCGCUCUGGAUUAGAAUGUAAACACAAACACAAUUUAGCUCUCCUGCUCCAACCCAACACGAAGACGAUCCUCGUGUUUGGCGAUGUUCAAUGCUCCAAAGCUUUUCCUGGUCUGUGUAGUACGAUGCCUGGGCCGAUCCUAUACACCCGGUUAACUUACGACGGACAAGUCGUCCAUAGCUCACACAUGCCGCUGUUAAAGGGGAUUACAAGUAUUACAAUGUCGAACGAGAAUAGUUUUGUUCCCGUAGAUCAGAACGGACGGUUCCUGUUAAGGAUGAAUAUUAAAAAUAGCUUCAGGCUCCAUUUUGACGAGCAACUCGGCCAAUUCACAAAAAUACUUGGUCCUGAUUCCGAGGACCUUGUGUCCUGCUUCACUUCAACUUGGUGGAAGGAUAGCUUUUAUAAGGUUGGGAACUCCACGGGUCGCGUUGCACUAGAACAUGAGGGCACUAGGGGCGCACCUAAUCCAAGGCCCCUGAUAUUCGACGUGCACCCAUGUAAACCGGCAAGAGUUGGCGUGAACGAAAACUUUGUCAUGUGCAGCCAGCCCCAGCACAUUUAUUUAUUGUGUUUUGACGAUAGUGACAAACGUCCAAAGCAAUGUGAAUCCUUCUUCGAUAUCGGCUAUUUGACUGUUUUGGACCGGCCGGAUCAUGAUCAGACCAACUCAACAUCAACAUGAUUAGAGUAUCCAACGUCUUUGGAUAUCACCCU